GCACCCUUGCCACUAGUUCCAAACCACCCGAGUCAAACCAUUUUGUCAUUUAACAAAGUCUAUCACCAUUGUACGCCCCAAGAGCCAAUGCUACUCCAUCAUCAGAAAACAAAAGAGCCAACGCUACCUCCCCCGCUUCUACCGUUUAUAGACCCGUCCCUCCUCGACCUUCCUACACCACAUCCCUUCCUUCCUCUUUUGCAAUUCUUUGCCAUCUUUUCCUCUUCCCCUUCAUAUCGCAUUUGCGAUUCUUUCUUCUCACAGACCUCUCCGUAGAUCUCUCUCCCUCUUCUACUUUGCCAUCUCAAUUUGCAAUCUUGGUCAUCUUCUUGUUAGUACGGGCGUAUUGAUUUCUUAAAGAGUCUUAAAUUCUGUGGUUUAUGCACGCCAUUGGAGCUGCUCUCUGCUGUUUGUGCUGUCCCAAGCCAUCCCGUCGGCGCAGAAGCCAUGUCCACGCUCGGGAGCGGCGGCCCUAGACCCGCAGCGGCGUCGGCGUCGGUGGACACAAACGGCAACUGGGUGCCGCACGGCCCCAUGCUGACGGCCUGCGUUGUGGGCGUCAACGUGCUGAUGAUCGUCCUCAUCUUCUUUUUGUUCUGGAGAUUCUUGUCCGGGAAAGAGGGGCCAUCCACCUCAGCCGACGCCGCCGCCGACGAGGACGAUUCGCGGCCCGUGGCCUCCCCGUGGGCGUCUCGUUGGCGGCACGAGGAAGACCUCGGUGCGCCGCCGCUGGAAGACGUGGCGCUAGCCGUGCCCGUGUACACCUACUCCAGCGCCGGCGCCGACGACGGAGGGAAGCUGCCGGCGGACGAGUGCGCGGUCUGCAUCGUGGAGCUCCGCGACGGCGACUCGGCGCGCCUGCUCCCUCGGUGCAGCCACCGGUUCCACGCGGACUGCGUGGGCGCCUGGCUGCGGCUCCACGCCACGUGCCCGCUAUGCCGCGCCAGCGUCGUAGCCCCCGCCGCCACGGGCGCCGUCGCCGGCGAGUCCAGGAACGCCAAGGAAGACGGCGACGUCGCCCCGGAUUGCCCCGUGUGAGGCGCCGCCCCGGCCGACCGACGCCGAGGCCGGCCGGCCAGCUCGCGCGCACGAUCUGGCGGUGGCGAGCAAGCAAGUGGAUCGCGUGAAUGGCGGAAGGUGACAGGCACCUUUCAGCGUCGGCGUCCUUGUCGCCUAGCUUUGCUGACGGCCGGCAUGCUCUCCUGAUGACCAGCUGGAAAAAAGGUUGGUGAGGCGAUCGGUUCCUUCGUCCUGUUCUGCUGCGUUGUUAAUUGUGUCACGUACAUUUCUGGAUGGUUUGGGAUUGGAUAUAUCGCGUCAUAUAUAUAUAUCUUGAUUGGAGUCUUCUUCUAUGUGUAUGUCAGGUUCAGGUCUGCGUGAUUUCACUUAUGUAAGAUAGUAUGCGCCGAUUUGCUAGAAUUUAGCAUGCAUCAUAUGUAAUACGGAAUUACCAGUUCUGAUCGAGUCGGUUGUAAAUUAAUGCCCUGUUUCACUGAAGCUUGUUGGAUGUUCAUCAUCAUAUGAUCUUUCUAAUGCUAACCGAAGAUCUGUUUCGGAGCCUC